CACACCUGCCUACGUCGUUUGUGCCUUUGUGGUGGCGUGCGUUGUGUCGCGGGGUGUCCUGCUCGAGCCACAAGUCAGAUGUCCGACUCUUCGUCUUCCGACGGUGAGGAUACCUGGAUCCAAUGGUUUUGCGGGCUGGAGGGACAUGAGAUGUUUUGCGAGAUAGACAGAGGCUACAUCGAGGAUGCGUUCAACCUCUACGGGCUGCGCCACUUCGUGCCUCGCAUAAACGACAGCUUGGACUUGAUCCUCGACCGCACAGCCCAAAACGAGGCGAGCCACGAACUGAUGGAGGCUACCUGCGCGCUGUACGGCCUGAUCCACGCGCGCUACGUGCUUACCGCGGCCGGCCUGGAGGCGAUGUACGCGAAGUACACGCUGCAGGAAUUUGGCAACUGCCCGCACUUCCUCUGCAAGCGGCAGUCGGUGGUUCCUCUAGGAGUGCGGGACGAGCCGCACAUAGAAACGGUCAAGCUGUACUGUCCCAAGUGCCAGAACGUUUACGUGCACCCGUCGCACGCAGCUCAGAGGGUGGACGGGGCGUACUUCGGAACGACGUUCCCGCACCUGUUCUUCAUGACGUACGGGACCUUGGUCCCCGACCCGCUCGACAAAACCUUCGUGCCCCGGGUGUUCGGCUUCCGCGUCCACUCCACCGCUCCGAACGGGGCUUCCGCCAGCGGCGACCAUCACGACCAGCGCCUGCAGGAGCGUAAGCGGCUACGCCGAGCGAACCUGCCUCCCCCCAAGGAACCAGGCGGGGCGGGGGAAGGCGGAACAGGUGUAGAAGCACCAGCACCAAGGGGAGCGGUAGCAGGAGCGGUAGCCAGCGGUGCUGGGAAGGGGAAGGGGCGAGCGAAGGAAGGCGCGGACACAGGAGGAGGCAGGAACGGGAGCGGGGUCGUGGUGCACAUAAAGGAAGAGGAGGGGAGCUGGAGCACAGGCGGAGGCGUGAGAGAGAAGGGGAUGGGGGCUGCGGCCGGGAGUGGACCGGAAACGGUGGCGGGGGAGGCGGAGGUCGAGGAGGCGGACUGCCGAAAGGAUGCUCGUAGCGGGAGAAGUGGGACUAGCGAGAGAAUGGAAGACGGCGGCGAUCGCCAUGGCAGCAGUCACGGCGUGGAGAACGGACGCGAGACGAGUCCUAUCGUAGCGCUACAACACUCCGGGACUCCAACGGAAGGGAAGGGCCCAGCAGAGAGCAACUGCGUCACCAUCGCCACUCCUCAGCGGUCCGAUGGGGGGAACGCCGAAAACGGCAGCGCCAGGUGUUCCAGUCACGAUAGAGACGCCGCUGACGCCGACGAAAGGGCGGCGGCAAUGACAAAAACCGAUGGCAUUGCCAACAGCGAGUCUCUUCCAAGAGAUGCCUGCGCUGUCGGGAGAGGGAGCCGUUCUGGCGAUGGUGCAGCACAAACCAGCGCGGCGGUGACGGCAGCGGCGGCGGCAGCAGCAACAACAGAGUCGUCGUCGAAAUCUGAUGGUCCCCAGAAAGAUCGGGGGAAGAAGCGGUCCUCCGAGAUAGAGCUCGAAACGGAGCUAUCCCGAGAAGCAGACGGCGGCGGCGGCGACGACGGUGGUAGUGGCGCAGGGGAGGCGGGCGGAGGAGGAGGAGGAGGAGGAGGAGGAGGAAGAACCAGAGGGAAGGUGCUUCGCGGCGGUAGAAAUCACGCAUCGCCGGCCGCCCGAGGGGUUUCCUCCUUGAUGUCUGCUGCGCCUGCCACCACCGCGAUGGCGGUCAAGGGCGGAGUAGUUGGGAGCCCGGGCGGCCGGCGGAUUGGUCAAGGCCGCUCCCCCGUGUAAUUUGGGCGAGGAGGAGGAGGAGCUGGUGUUUUUUUGUGGUUUACCGAAUAGAGGCUGGCGUAGCGUGCUUCGGGGGUGGAGGUGGAGGGGGGGACAGGUACAUUACGCCCUGUUUGAAGAUCUUGUUGGUUGGCUGGCGUUGGCGGUGCAACUUGUAUUUGAUGAACAUCGACCAAGCCCAAGAACGCCAAGCUUUUUCGUUCGCCCUCUUCCUUGUCCGCUUAGGAUGCCCCAUUCGUGCUACUUGUACCCUUCCCAAAUGGUGUUGCCGGUUGUCUUGUCGCUUGCGUCCUCGUUGUAGCACGCAUCGUGACGCGCCAUUGCUAUUCUCGCGCCAUGUUCUUGUGGGUUUGGAAGCGCAUUGGGGUCAUUUAUGGCGUAAGGCUUUUCGAAAAAUGGUGUGCAGUAUCGGGGACAGCUCUCUCGCGGGAUGGGGUUUGGGGUUUGGGGUUUGGGGGGGGGUAUGUCUGCAUAUGCCGCGUAACGCGUCCGGUAGACUUGUAAGUAUGUUAUACCCUGGUCUUGUCAGGCAGCACUGCCGCAUUCGCUGCCCCCCGCUACCUCGCCCGUCGACGUCUAUACCCGUUUGGGGGCUGUUUGUAUGAGAUUAGCGUUUUGCUUUGACCGGCCGAUGUUUGACGUUUCUGCUGUGAAAUUUGACUUACGAUGAGGGGGGGGGUCCGUAGAUUUUUUCAGUGGUCGGACGUAGUUUCUACGAGUUUUUUUGUUCACCGCUUGCGACUGACUUGAUCGUCGGUUGCUCUUCCGUGAGUCCGUCCGUCCUCCGGGGCCAGUCUGUCUGGAUCAUCGCCGCUGUUGGAGGGGCCUGCUGAGCAAGGCAAGAGUUGAAGCCUUUUCGCUGUUAGGGAGGUCGAGGUGGAACCGGUCGUUGUAUGUUGGGGCCUCCUUUUGUAGCAUCCGGCUCCUCUCUCUCAGCUGCAGCGUUGCUGGUGUUCCAUCACACGAAUGUGUCAUUCGUCGCGCACAUACCUUGUCGUGGGCGUUUGCACCUACUUUUGAAGGAUACUUGGUUUUCCGGUGGUAUUCGACAGCCCCUUUUGUACGUACUCCAGUGCUUGAGAGGUGUACAGUUUUAGCACCGGUGGCAGGUGAAGCAAGGCUGGGUACAGCCUGGUCCAACAAUACGCGCGAUACAGGCAGCGGUGCUUCCGCGCAUCGACAUGAAUUUUGUGUUCGGGUGCGGAUUCGAGUACGCCCAAGGGCGAAUGAUUGACGUCGAUUUCAGCUGCGGCGAAGAACAGAUAAAAGCAGACACUACAAGACGUUAAGAAGGAUGCUGAUAUGGGGGCAGAAGCAAGACACAAUGCUUGCGUUUGGUACCGGUUUCGCUUCGAUUGAAACUUCUUGGACAGGGUCGUCGAGUCUUAGGUCGCGCGAAGGGACUGCCGCGAUUUCGUGCGCGUAGCUUUCGCGAGCUGGGAGAAAUUUUUAGCUUGGUCAAUUUUCUCUGUUCAAAAUAUCGCACACACGAUUUCUUUUCAAGUGGGUUAUUUUAUUUCCGGAGCAGAAACCCAUCGAUCUCUGAUUGGAACAUGUGGCAGGCGUUCUUCGACCACCCACCGGGCGGGGAAAAUUAUUCCACAAAACAAGACAUGACGAUGCACGGGACCUCAUCCUCUCGCUGCGGCGAAGUUGUCGUGCGACUGUUUCGAGUUUAUCGUGUGACGAUGCUUUGCUCCACACCUAUUGUAGCUUUGCUAACAGAUGCACUGCUGGUUGGCGCUUAGUUGACGUCAUCCCACGUGGCCCCCAAGGUAGAAUGACAACAAUGACAGCAUGUCCUCUCGGUGGGGUCAUGUUGUCUUACAGGUGCCAUGAUUGUUUGAAAUCAAAAACGAGGUUCCUUGGCCUGGCACGCAAGUGAAACAAGAUCGGUCUUAUACGUUGUUGAAGUUUCGCGCCACCCCGAAGGGCGGGGAUGGAACAUCCUGCCCCCUCCUGCUCAAGGACCCUAGCCCCCAAACGACACUACUCCGCAAUCUAAGCUCAACCCCAACGCGCCUGCCAAACGUUCUUCGACAUCGAGUUGGCCGGACCCACACUUCAGGCACAAUGGCGGUCUGCCCGACCGUAUCUGUUCUUAGCACCACGGCACCAGGAUAGUCAAAUCACGUGGACAUCGUCCAUGAAGGGCCGAUCGAUCGUUUCGAUCACGUUUGCCCGGCCGGGGGGCGGGUAAAUAUCUGCUCGUAAACCACAUCGGGCGUCGACACCGUCGUUCCCGCUAGGAUCACCUCCGUAUCCAAUCCGCC